UGUUUAUUUUAUAACGGUACGAAUGCUUGUUAUAAUGACAAUAUUAUUUCACGUGUUGUUAUCCAAUCAUUACAUGAUAUAUCAAUUUUUCGCGAUUACACGACACAGAUAUCCCAAUUUCUCUGCAGAUCAACAUUACUUUUUAGCAAGAUAACCUGUAAGAUUACGGUAAAUAAUAAUUAAUAUAACAAACUAUAUAGUGCGCCUGCUUAUAACUCUAAUCGCCUAUAAAUACGUGGCUCACCUUCAACAUGAAACAGUCACUGCGACUAAAACACGUCGUACCGAAUUUGUUGCCUUUUGAAUGCCACUAAAAGGAUCCAAAAUGAAGAUUCUGACGAUUAUCGUGUGUGCGCUGACCAUAGCGAUGGUUUACGGUAUCAAUGUCGAGCGCAUAUCAAAGUUUAACAAGAAUUACGUUGAAUGCUGCCAACGAGAAGGCUUGCUAUCGAAGUCAUUCCAUAUCAAUGCAUACAAAUGCGCACUAGACAUGGAUGGUAUGAUUUUUAACGAAAAUGGCCGAGUCUUAAAGAAUGCAUUUUUGACAUUUAUUGAGGACGUUAUUUCCCACGAGGGCGAAAUGAAUUGGGCGAAACAGUUAUUUAUGGAAUGCUACUACGAAGUCAAGCACCCUAUAGAGAGGGACAGUGAAGAAGAGAGCAACCAGAUUUGCAUGUGCACCUUGUCAAUCUUGAUUCUAUUUCAAAGCCGAGAAUAAAGACGAAUUACAGAACUUCCACCAUACCGUAUUAUGAAAGACUUCAUGAUCUUCACAUUUUCCUGGAUUUUUCGUCUAUUUCUUUAAAUAUCGGUUAAUAUUUUUCUAUUGAAUUAUAUGUCCAUGAUAAUGAUUCAAUAAAAUAUAGUUAUUCUAAAAAGAAA